AUGGUUCCCGAUAGCAUAGCGGCCGCUGGGACAGGUGCCGACGCCGGCGAGGCGGGUGGCGGCGGCGGACACAGAGCAGCGGGCAGCAGGACGCAGGCCCCCUGGACCCUGACAUUUGACUUGAAAGAGCGGGACACGCAGUGGACAGAAGAAAACCAGGCCCGCUUGGUGCGCAUCGUGGCGGGGUACCAGCUCAACCUCGCAACGGAGGAGGUGGAGCGCCGGCUGGACGAGCUGUCGGUGCUGCUGCCGCAGGUGGCGGUGCGCUGCGCCUACAUCAAACCCAGCACGCUGGCGGAACUGCUGCGCGAUCCGGCAGCCCUGGUCGCCCGCCUGCUCCAGCUGCGCCAGCUCAUGCCGGGGGCCGACAUCUCGGCUCUGGCGGCGGCGGAGCCGGAGCUGCUGCUGCUGCGGGACGUGGCCGCCAUCCAGGCCGACCUGGCGCGCCUGAGGCAGCUGCUUGGCGACGGCGCGGAGAUUGACGGCCUGGUGCAGCAGCAGCCCCAGUUUCUGGAUGCCCAGCUAGUCAGCGAGGUGCUGGCGGAACUGCGGCGGCUGGUGCCACACGGCGACCCCGUCAGCACAUUGCUGGGGGACACAUCCUGGCUGCUUCGUGUGGAGCGCGGGCGGGGGCGGCUGGGAGACGACCCAGAUUGA